UAUCUAGAAGGCGCUAAAUACCUUGCAAUCGUCCUGCACUGCUAACUUGGCCUGAAGAGGAGCCUGCUUCUCUCCAAGCAAGUGCUACCUUGCCGUUAUAAGAUCAUUGUGUCUGCUCCUACUGUAUAACACGGUAUCUACCGGUACAAGCCAACCAUGCCUCCCAAGAAGAAGGCUGCCAAGGGCAAAGACAACCUGAAAAAGCUCAAUCUCGGCCCCUUCAAGAUGGAAGAACUGAGUGACGAGUUAUUUCUCGAAGCCUACAAGAAUAGGUGGCCCAUUCUCCUGGAUGUGGGAGACCAUAUCACUGUCCUUUGCCACAAGGAAACCAAGUGCAUGUGUGCCCAUUGCUUCCGACUGGAUCCAGAUCAAUACAAGUUUACCAACCGAGAGCGUCCAAUUGGGGGCUCAGGGUUCAACCAACACUUGACCCGCAAGAUUGAUGCCGCCAAGACCAAAAUCGAAUGCUGUGACUUGGCCUUGAAACAUGCUCAAAUUAGAACGGAAGAACUAUCUCUGGUGCAUGAAUCUCUCAAAGAUAAACCAGAUAUUGUGGCCUUUGCGGCCAAGCAUGGAGUCCGUGUGUUGCCCAUGAUGAACAACAAUGCGGAAGGCAAGGAGCCAGACCAAAAGUCUCCUGGCAAGAAGCGUCAAGCCGGGGCCAAAAGGUCAAAGGAGGAGGAACAAGCCACCAGCACACCACCCCCAAAGAAAAAGGUCAAGACUGCAUCCACAGCGGCACUCAAAGAAGAAACUACGAGUGAGGGCAACCAGGAAAAGAAGGAGAACGAGGCAGAGAAAGAGAAGACUGGAAAGGACAGAAAGAAAGCAGACGACGAUGCCGCUAGAGCCAAGGAGGUUGCAGAGAUAUCUGACAAUGUGGCAAUAUUGCUCGAGGCGGAAAAGCAAGCCCAGAAGGAGUCGGAGGAUUGA